AAUAUUUUUGAGUCAUAGCAAUAAACAGAUAGCAUGAGAUCAUGAGGGAAACCUAGACCCUAGUUUAUGACAAGAAUUAUAGAGGAGAAAGUGUAUUUGAGAUUGAUGUUUGAAGGUGAAACAACUUAUCCAUCAGCUAUAAUGAAGCUGUUUUGUUGCUGCCCUUAAAUAAGACUUGUUGAGCUGUAAUAGCCCACAAGCAAUGAUCUUGACAAUUACAGCCAUGCCAGAGGACUGCAGGUAACAGAAAACUUCUGGAUCCACAUUACUAAACUAACUGAACACAGUCUACGAAUUUCUGGUCAAAUUUGAUACCUACCCAUAUCAAGUCCCAAGCUUGAGAUGGGGUGUGAGGCGCCAAGCCGCCAACAGAUAUAGAACACAGAUAAUUAUAAAAACAAAUAUAAAUAAAAUAGCCCCAUCAGGUUGCUUAAACAAAGGGGAAGGUAAACGAACAGGAAACUCGAUUCUCAUACCGCUUCUCUUUCUAGCCUCGCCGUCCUUUGCCUCUAUCAAAGUCUCUUUCUUUCUAUCUAGAAAGUCUUCAAACGUGUACCCAAAAUUCUUUUCACCUACCCCUCUGUCUCCUUUUCAAUAUCCAGUUUUUUGUGUUAAAAUGGCCAAAGGGAAAUCACUUUACUUCAUUGCAGUCCGUAAGUCCGCAGAAUUUUAGGAUUUGUAUGUAUUUUGCUGGGUCCAUGGUUCCAUGAAUCCAUGCCCCCACAACCAUUCUCGUCGACCUUCUUGACAAUGUCGUAUGGGGUUUCACCAAAACACACCUCCAACAACCACAUCACCAACAACCCUUCUAUUUCUUUCUCGUGAUUUCUUCCGCUGCUCUGUUGUUUUCUUGUAUGCAUUUACAUUGUGAAAGUUGAGAUUUUUUAUUGUCUCUCAUGGCUUUGAGGGCCGCUGGAACCAUCUGGAUUAACCCAAUAAGACCUCUUUCGAAUGUGGGCGGGUCGGAUUUGGUGUAUAGGCGUUGUGAGUUUGGCUAUGGUUUGAGGUGCAAUUGGGAUUUUGAUAGGUUCCCUGAGCGGGAACGUUGUCGUUUGGCUGUUUUGGCUCAGAGAGUUAUCACUCCUGUUAAAGAUGAUGAGAAGCCCUUCACUCCUGAGGUGGAGCCUUCUGGGGCAAUUGAUAAGGUUCAGGACACCGAGUCCAGAGUCUUUCACAAGGAUUUGAACCUUCUACCUAAACCAUUAUCAGCAACAGAUCUUUCUGCAUCUCGCAAUGACAGCAUAAAAGUACGGGUUGCUUAUCAGGGAAUAUCAGGAGCAUAUAGUGAGGCUGCUGCACUAAAAGCAUACCCCAAGUGUGAAACUGUCCCAUGUGAACAUUUUGAAGCUGCAUUCAAGGCUGUUGAACUCUGGUUAGUGGAUAAAGCAGUCCUCCCCAUUGAGAAUUCAGUUGGUGGCAGCAUCCACCGCAAUUAUGACUUACUCCUUCGCCAUAGGCUGCAUAUAGUAGGAGAGGUGCAAAUGGCAGUCAACCAUUGUCUGUUGGGAUUGCCUGGUGUACGAAAGGAGGAGUUGAAACGUGUUUUGAGCCACCCCCAGGCCCUUUCCCACUGUGAGAUGGCAUUGACCAAGUUAGGUGUUGUAAAAGUUACCACUGAUGAUACAGCUGGUGCUGCUCAGAUGGUAGCUACCUGUGGCAUCAGAGAAACGGGCGCCAUUGCAAGUGCUCGAGCAGCGGAAAUCUAUGGUCUUGACAUUCUUGCUGAAAAAUUCCAGGACAAUGACGAUAAUGUUACCCGCUUUUUGAUACUUGGAAGAGAACCUAUAAUUCCUGGAACUGACAGACCCUAUAAGACGAGCAUUGUUUUCACCCUUGAAGAAGGUCCCGGUGUUCUGUUCAAAGCACUGGCAGUGUUUGCUUUGAGGGGCAUUAAUUUGUCAAAGAUAGAGAGCCGCCCACAAAGAAAUCGUCCUUUAAGGGUGGUUGAUGAUUCUAACAAGGGAAGUGCCAAGUACUUUGACUACCUUUUCUACAUCGACUUUGAAGCUUCUAUGGCAGAACCUCGUGCUCAACAUGCUUUAGGACAUCUGCAGGAAAUUGCAAGAUUUCUUCGUGUUCUUGGUUGCUAUCCAAUAGAUAUGACUCUUUAAUUAGAUGUCUGUCUUGGCAUUUAUAAAAACCUGAUCCAAGUGAAUCAGGAAUUGGAAAAGAAAUUACUGCAAUGUGGUCAAGGCAUGUUGAUGGGAUGACAAUGGCAGCGGCAACUUUGCCUGCUCCCUUCAACACGAUCUUUUACUCAACAUUUCAGAUUUCUUUUUCACAAUUCUUUUCAUUCCUUUAAUAGGUAUAUUAGAACAUUAUGUUUCUGUAGGUGUAACAAUUUGAGGCAAGUUUAUACUGACAUAGAUUGUGGGGGCAUUCCUCCUGUUUUCUGAAAUAAAAUUAGUGCAUGAAAUUUGUUUUCUC